AUAGUAUUGAGGUUAAAUCCAUCCAAAAUGUCUAUUUGUUUACUAAUUUAUAUUUAAUAAUUUAUUAUUGUAACUUUAAGGUAAUUAGUGGGACUAUUAAUUUGUAAUUAUAUACCUAUUAGUGUUGAUGUGACUGUUUAUGUCGUAUCGUAAAGUUAUACUUACAAUUUUUUAAAUUAUAUUUAAAAUGGUGCUGGGUGCACCCGAGCUCACUUUGCAGGCCGAUGUUAUUUUUGUUGUCGAGGGGACUGCAGUGAAUGGUGCCUACAUCAAUGAUCUUAAAACGAAUUAUAUUAUACCUUCCUUAGAGUAUUUUAGUCAAGGAAAUUUGGAAGAGAUUAAUUAUCUGUCAGAAAGUGCCAACUCUUUAUAUGGAAUUGUCAUAUAUCAAGCGGCCGAUUGCCUUCCUCAUCCGAGCACUGAUACCAUUGGGCCAUUUUCUAGUUCAGGGAAAGUACUGAAUGCUUUUGAAAGAUUGGAGCUAAUUGGAGGGAAAGGAGAGUCCCAUGCUAAUAUAGCAGAAGGUUUAGCUACCGCUUUGCAAUGCUUCGAGGAAUUGCAGCAGAAGCGUGAUGCGAGCUCCAAUGCACAGCAGCAUUGCAUUUUGGUGUGCAAUUCGCCACCGUAUUCAUUACCUGUUUUGGAAUCUCACACGUAUUCUGGAAAAACGGCCGAACAGCUUGCAGCAAUUUUACAGGAGCGAGGAAUUAACUUAUCCGUAAUAUCUCCACGUAAAAUUCCAUCCCUUUAUAAACUAUUCGAAAAGGCCGGCGGCGAUUUAAGUGCUUCUCAAACAAAAAAUUACGCGAAAGAUCCCCGACAUUUGGUGCUGUUGAAAGGUUUUAGUCUGAAGGAACGGCCGAUAAGUCCUCCCCCGGGAAAUUUACCUAACGCAACUCAACUUUCAACAACUGCACUACCGCUACCAUCCCUACCAAGUCCCGUGGCAAAUAUCGAUAGCCCAAUAUCAACCCUCACGUCGCAAUCAAAUCAGAACCUCAUGGGAAAUUCGGUGACCGGUGGAGUAGGUGUACAACAAAAUGUUGGUCAAAGUUAUCGGCCGCCUAAUCCUCAAGGUAUUAUACAACUACCAAAUCACACACCAGGAAUGGUUAAUGUAGGUAUGGUGAAUGCAGCUAGAAGUGGAAUUAUAGGCAAUACGCAGUAUCCUACUCCGGCCAUGCAAGUUCCACCGGGGUAUCACACAGCUACAGGCGCUGGUCGACCGCAAAACCGUUGGCCAACAAUGUUGCCCCCACAGACUCAACAGAGGCCUCAGUUCAUCGCCCAAGGGCAACAGCAGGUUAAUACCACUCAAGGAAGUGCACUGAUCGCUCAGUUAACACAGCCACCUUCCUCAGCGGGCGUAAAUCAGUUUCCACAAAUUGGCACAAAUGCUUCUAUGAACGCUCAACAACAGCAACAGUUGCGAAUGAACAUGUUAAGCAAUCAGGCCGCUCAACAGAACGUUCAAACCUCGUUACCGCAAAACGUCCAAACAACCGGCAUCAAUCAAACUGCAGGAAUCAUGUCGACCGGAUUACCACAGCCCAGCCCGAUUUCGCAAACAUCAAAUCCGUCACAAAUAGUACCGCCAAACCAAGUUGUUACAUCACAAUCGCAGGCUACCGUAGGGCAACAGUCUAAUCAGUCGGGUUUAGGUCGAGAACGUCAUACGAUAUGGCAAGGUUUAUUAGAAUGGAUUGAAAAGCCCAAGAAUUCUAGCGACUCACAAAAAAUUACUCGACAUGUUCCUUGUCAAGUGUCAGCAAAUACUAAGGAUGGCGAACCUGAACUAAAAACUGAUGGUUGGCCACCUAAACUUAUAAUGCAGCUAAUGCCAAAACAAUUAAUUGGCAACAUUGGCGGAGCCUACUUGAAAAACUCCAAGUCAGUUUUGUUUCAUCCACAAAGUUGCGAAGCGCUCGAGUCUUUAACUAAAGUUAUGAGUUCUGGUUUUGCUGGCUGUGUGCAUUUUACAAGCGUUCCAAAUCCAAACGCAUGUGAUAUUAAAGUCUUAAUUCUUCUUUAUACGGCGGAAAAGCGAGCGUAUUUAGGAUUCAUACCAAAUGAUCAGACAGCUUUCGUGGACCGUCUUCGUAAAGUAAUCCAGCAACAGAAGUCAACACAAAUGCUUCGCCAGGGCCAAGGACCCGCGACAGCGGCUACAUUGAAUCCUCAAUCGGUCGGCCAAUCUCCGCUAGGUGGCAGCAUAGGUACACCUCCACAAUUACCCGUACCCAACACCUCACAGACAACGACACAACAACAAAGUUUGAUGAUGUCCCAAACUAACACGAUGGCAAUGGGCGGUGGACAAAUUACACAAAAUAUCGUUUCAGCCAGUAGUCCCUCAGGAGCCGGUCUCGGUGGCGUUUUAGGUCAAAACAUUCCGACAAGCAUGCAGCCCCGCUUAAGAAUGCAAGGCAUUCAACAAGGAUCGACUCAAGUAAAUCAGUCUGGGGGUAACGCCUCCAUGUCUCCAGGCAUGAUGGGCGUUCCCCUCCAACGACCGCCUUUCGAUAACAACUUAGAAGCGGCACGUCAGCAGAACCUAGAGAAAAUCAACCAAUUGAAACAGACACUCGAAGCCGCUCAACAACAAGAACAACAAUACAAGAGUCAAUUAGAACGAAUCAGUCAUAUGAAAACGCAACAGUUGCAGGAAGCGUUACAGAUCGCCCAACAACAAGAGAUGCAGUACAAGAUUUUGGACCAACAACGUAUGGCUGCAAAUCAAGGUGGUCCUCAGGGUCCCAAUCCGCAUCAGCAACAGCAGCAAAGGAUGAUGAGGCCAAUGAUGGGUGCCAAUAACCCGGGCCUUCGUCAUCUGUUACAACAGCAACCGCAAUAUCGGCAGCAACUAAUGGGAAUGCAAGGAGGUAUUGGAGGGGCUGGUCCUAGACCUCAAAUGGGACAGCAGAUGCAGAACACUCCUGGGGGGAAUUCUCAACAGCCAUUCGACGAUGUGGGAAACUUUGAUUUUAUGUAACGAAACUUUAUAAAUAAAUUAUACCAAAACAUUUCAA